AUGAAUAAAGAAAGACAGUAUGGCGGAUUUUCCGUAUAUGUUUCAUCCACAUUAGUUGUCUUCUUUAUAGUUGUGUGGGCAUUCUUACCAAAGAUUAUACUACAAGGACAAGCCAUAGCCGAAGUUUACGAGAUAUUACCUCAAAGAUAUUGGUUAAUAGCCAUCCAAUGUCUUGUACUAAUGACAAUGCUUUUCACUUACGUCGGAAUGCUUUCCUAUAAUAUUGACAUGUUAACGGUCCCACUUGAUGAUAUGCGAACGAUAACUGAUACUCAAGGGAGAAUAGUUGAAUACAAAAACUUCUCGGAGUUAGAUUGGUACAUCACUAAUGAAACUAGCGGUGUUGCAGAUUUACCCAUAAAUGAAGUAAGCCGAGUGCUUUAUUUGCAGGAAUGA